GUCCUUUCGAAUGAAUGAUGAGAUACACUUCCGCUGUUACGCCUGAGAAAUCUAUGACCCACAAAACGGCAAAGAACGUAUUAUACGUGUGUUGUAUGCGACCAUAAGCCCUGGUGUUGGCUAAAUGUAUAGGUGUGACAUAACCGUGGUUUUGGCGGGACUUGAAAAGUUUACGGUGCAAAACACCAAGCUUGGUGGGACUCUCUUGAAAAUCUUACGGUGCAGAAAUCCAAUUUACGAUGAGUGAUACUGGAAAAGUUGAAAACCAAUUCAACGGUAGUAAGUUUGUAGGGGAUGAAAACAACUAUACACAAACAUUAAGAGAUAUGAACAACAAACGAGAAGAUUACUUGAGCUGGACAGACUAUUUCAUGGCUACUGCAUUCUUGGCUGCUAAACGAAGUAAAGACCCAUGUUCACAAGUUGGAGCAUGUAUUGUGAAUGAAGAUAAGAAAAUUGUUGGUGUGGGAUAUAAUGGCAUGCCACAUGGCUGCAGUGAUGAUCAGUUUCCAUGGAGCAAAGAAAAAAAAUAUAAACUUGGCACAAAAUAUUUAUUUGUCUGUCAUGCCGAAAUGAAUGCAAUCCUGAACAAAAACUCAGCAGAUGUUAAGAACUGCACCAUGUACGUCGGACUGUUUCCAUGUAACGAAUGCGCCAAGCUCAUAAUCCAGUCCGGAAUCCGAGAAGUCAUCUAUAUGUCAGACAAACAUUCUCACAAGACAGAAACAGUUGCUGCUAAAUUAAUGUUUGAUUCUGCAGGUGUCAAGUACUGGCAGUACAUACCACAAAAUCCAAAGGUAGUGAUUGACUUCACGGAAAUCAACUGGAACAAUAUGACCCAGUUACCAUCAUCUCCAUCAAAAUCCAGUGAAGAAAACUGAAAAUCUGAGGAUAACAAUAAAUUAAUAGGCGAGAUACAUAUUAAGUUAUGUUUGCUGGCAAGAUAAGUAGAAUGUUAACAAAUGUAUUGUGUGACCAAGAGAGAUGUGAGAAGUUAGAACAAAAUGAAGAGACAGCGAUGAAAACAUGAUUAGCUAAAAAAAGUAUUCAGUGAUGGAAGUGCUCUGAACAUGAUGACAAGGGAAUUUAUCACAAAAUCAAAGAAGACCAGGAAAGUAGAUUCUGAAUAAAUGAGAAGAAUGUGUUCACUGAUAAUCACCUAAUGAAUACAAGAAUUUAUAGAAGAGUCUAUGGCAUUUCAUUGUUUCUCACUAAUUACAAAUUCUCCUCUACCAUGAAAAUUAUUAAAUAGUUGAUCUAUUGCAAGUGGCAAAUGCAGGCCUGACAGACGGGGAUCAUUAGAAUUUGAAAGGGUACUGCAUGAUAUUUUGUGCCAUUUCAUAUUGUUAACCAUAAUUGAUUUUGAAGUCCAGAAUGCUUACAGUUUCUUCAUUUCUGCAUGUUGUCUGAUUGUAAUAUUAAAUAUAUUCUGUUUGCUUA